AUGGCUACUUCAGUUUCAAUGACUACCCCAUCCCACUCCUCGCGGCCAUCCCUAUCCCUAGAUAUUGCCAACAUGCCCCCACUCUCCCAGCCAACACCACCCUCCAACACCCUCCUAAUCACCGGUCUGCACGAUCUACUUGUCUUCCAACCCCCAGCACUGGAGGAAAUCCGCAAACAAAUCACCGAAGUGGCACCUCUGAAUUCCUUCUCCCCACUCCCGUCCAUGCGCCGCAUCGUGUGCUCCUUCCACAACGAAAUCGACGCCACGGCAGUGCGUAAACUCCUGGACGGCAAACGCCUCCUAGACCGCAAUGUGUACCCGCGGAUCUACUUCGGCGAGCCGACAGCACUCCUAGACGGCGGCCGACCGAAACUCCUCGAAGCCCCGCAAGUCUCCAAGAUGUUCUUCAUCUCGCCACCGCCCAGCCCGCCGCACGGAUGGGUCGUGCGCACCGAGGGCCCGCCCAACAAGGAAGUCCACGCGACGGAUCUAGCACACGCACUGGCGAUGCUGAAGACAGACCAUGACCAUGCGCAGCCCGAGCCGGCUGCAGUCGACCCCGCAACGCCGGUCUCUAUCUCCUCGGACAAGCGCACGUCCAGCUGGCCGCUUGCUGGCCAUCAGCGUAGCAGGAGCAGCACCAUCAUCUACCACCCCGAGGACCAUGGUGACAGUCCCCAUCUUCCGGCGGUUAUGGUUGAGGAUAUGACGCUGGGUGCUGAGGAUGAGGAUGUGGAUAUGGAUGCGAUGAGCCCCAUUGAGAUGUCGGUUAACCAGAUGCCGCCUAAGACUUCUCGUCCGCCGCUUGAGUUGAUGGAGUAG